AUGAAGCCAGCACUGUUGAAUCUGAUUCAGAACAACCAAUUUGCGGGCCUUGAUCAUGAGGACCCAUAUCUGCAUCUCCAUACUUUUGUUGAGCUUUGUGGCACAGUGAAGAUACAUCAAGUUCCUGAAGAGGUGAUUCGGAUGAAGUUGUUUCCUUUCUCACUACUUGGGAAAGCUAAGAUGUGGCUCAAUGCUCUACCACAUCAAAGCUUAACCAAGUGGUCUGACAUAGAGACAAAGUUCUUGGCAAGAUUCUUCCCUCUUGCUAAGAUAAAUCAAGCAAAAAGUGAGAUUGUCACAUUCUCUCAGAAGCAAGAUGAACUUCUAUCCGAGGCUUGGGAGAGAUACAAAUCCUUGUUGAGGAGAUGUCCAAGUCAUGGGUUUGAUGACCUUACUCAGGUUAAUAUUUUUCUGGGUGGAUUGCAGCCACGGGUGAAAAUUCUAUUGGAUGCCUCAGCUGGAGGUAGUAUGCGUUUUAAAACACCGGAGGAGGCUAUAGAGUUGAUUGAUGCUAUGGCAGCAAAUGAUUAUGAUCUACCAGCUGAAAGGGAGUCAAGACAGAAAAGAGGAAUUCUAGAGUUGGGAUCUCAAGAUGCUUUAUUAGCUCAAAAUAAGCUCUUGUCCCAACAAAUUGAGGCUCUUACCAAGCAAGUUGCUCGGAUUCCACAACAACUACAAUCCACUCAACAUCAAGUUCUAAGUUGUGAUCUUUGUGGGUUGAAUCAUCCUCACGGGCAGUGCAUUGAUACUUUCCCAUCUCAUGGAGAAGAGGUGAAUUACAUGGGAAAUCAAGCUCGACAAGGAGGAAAUUAUGGUGGUAAUUAUGGGAAGAAUUGGCAAUCACACCCUAGCACAGGGUGGAACCAGAAUGAUAUUGCUCAAUCUAGUAGACCUCCUAUGCAAAGGCCCAACUUGUAUGACAGGCAGUCUAAAUUAGAAGAAACAUUGAAUCAGUUCAUGCAGGUCUCAAUCUCUAACCACAAGAGUACUGAAGCAUCUAUAAAGAAUUUGGAGAUUCAAAUGGGGCAGCUGGCCAAACAAUUGGCUGAAAAUUCUGGUGGAAAUUUUUCAGCCAAUACUCAUACUAAUCCAAAGGAGAAUUGUAGUGCAAUUACAACAAGAGGUGGUAAGAGAGUGGGUGUGUUGGAGGAUGAGGAAGAGCAACAAGAAAACAAGGCUGAAGAGAGAGAGGGAGCCCCAAGCAAGAAAGAUAAAGAAAAGCAAUUUGCACGCUUCAUGGAGCUUUUUAAGAAGCUUCAGAUCAACAUUCCUUUCUCAGAGGCAUUGGAGCAGAUGCCCACUUAUGCAAAAUUCAUGAAAAACCUCUUGAACAAGAAGAAAAAGUUCAUUGAGCAAGAGAUUAUUGAGUUGGAAGCGGGGUGCAGUGCCAUAAUUCAAAAGAACUUACCUCCCAAGUUCAAGGACCCUGGAAGCUUUACAAUUCCAAUCACUAUUGGGGACCUAUCAGUUGGAAGAGCACUGCUAGACUUGGGUGCAAGCAUUAACCUCAUGCCCUUGUCUAUGUUAGAUAGAGUUGGACAGGUGGUAGUAAAACCAACCCGCAUGACUUUGCAACUAGCAGACCGGUCCAUCAAGUAUCCCUAUGGUGUCAUUGAAAACAUGCUAGUCAAAGUUGACAAAUUCACAUUUCUAGCUGAUUUUGUGGUUAUGGAUAUGGAAGAAGACUGUGCUAUUCCUAUUAUCUUGGGGAGGCCAUUUAUGAAGACUGCACGAGCAAUCAUUGAUGUUGGGGAUGGUGAAUUAAAAUUGAGGGUCCAUGAUGAGGUGAUCACUUUUAAUGUAUUUGAAGCUAUGACCCAUCCGAAUGAUAAAGGUGCUUGUUUCCGAAUGGAUGUGCUGGAUGAGGUAGCGUGUGAGGCUACAAAGAAGCUGAAAAAAUCAGUUCCAGAUGAUGUAAUCCGCUUGAAGCCACCUCCAUUCUCACUGCUUAGGAAAUCUAAAUUGUGGCUCAAUGCUUAUGAGUCAGCUAAGCAUUACAAGGAAAAGGUGAAGUUGUAUCAUGAACGAAAGAUCUUAAAAAGAGAGUUUCAACCGGGACAACUUGUGCUCCUUUACAACUCCCGGUUGAAACUAUUUCCAGGGAAGCUGAAGUCAAAGUGGUCAGGGCCAUUCAGAGUUAAGCAAGUUAAGCCUCAUGGAGCAAUACAAGUAGAGGAUGUUUCCUCCAAGGAGAGCUGGGUGGUAAAUGGCCAAAGACUUAAACUCUACUUGGGCGGUGAAAUUGAGCGAGCUUAUUCCACCGUUGCAUUGGAGGACCCCUGA